CUACAAGUACUCUGUGGAUGGACUCAACGUAUUUGCUGUCAGUAUCCUUUUUUGCCUGUUCUGUUAAAUUGUAUAAAAUUUAUCCUGUGAUCGGACUCCCAUUUUCAUUUUCUAACAAGAAAAAAAAUGAUCUCUAAAAUCGCUGCUCACAUCAGUCAUUGUGCUUAGAUGAUGUUUAAAAUUAAUCAUUUAUGACAUUUCUGUGUAAGUGAAGAGUGUUCAUCCUUAACAUUAUUCAUCCAAGAUCUAAUCUUGUUGGUCGUUGUGUCUUUGUCUCUGGGAUAUGCUGAUAGUCAUAACAAUUACACCAGCUCUGCAGUGAAAUUCACUCUCUCUCUGCUCUCUAUAAUGCCUUUGUCAUACUACAUUGGGAUGGCAAUUGCAAGGUAAGCUUCAGCUGUUGAAAUGCUAAUAGUCUGAUAGCAACAAUGAUGGCGGAACAUAGUAAAAUAUUGAAUAUUAAUGUUGUAAAUAGUUACCUACCUAUAAGUUGUUCGCUUUUUUUUUUUUUUGCAUGUAUGAGCAUAAGCAAAAUGAAUCACCUAUCACACACUCUAACAAUUAGUGUUACACUGAAAUUUCGGCUGCUGCAAUUUUCGGCCGAAAAUGAAGGCAAAUCUGUCGAAAAUUACUGGGGUGCGCAAUUUCUAUUGCCCGGGCAGGUAUUUAGUUUAUAUUUCAGCCCUGCUGCGGGCUAGUAGCAGAGUGCCUUAUGGAAGAGUGACUUUACAGGUUCUCGGUCCAUGACAGAGUACCCAACAUUGGGAGGGGGCCGCUGCUUGCCCGUGUGCCACCAGGUGCGAGGCCCCUCCCGUCUUCCCGGGGAGAGAGCCAAUCACACCCCACACAGUGUGCCUUACACACACUACAUAACAUACAAACUAGAUUCCUUUCCCACACUUCACUAUAUUCCAUACACACAUUACAUAACCUGCACAAAUCAUUUGGGGAAAAAAGUUGUUUUCGGCCAAGGGCAUCCUGAAUUUUCAGUUUCGGCCCAGAAUUUUCAUUUCGGUGCAUCUCUACUAACAAUACUAAACUAACUUUGUAUGCACUGAUGUUGCUGAACAAGUCUUAAACAUUAGUAUUAAAACUUUUUCAGGGUUGCAAAUAAUCCUUUAACCCCUUAAGGACACAUGACAUGUGUGACAUGUCAUGAUCCCCUUUUAUUCCAGAAGUUUGGUCCUUAAGGGGUUAAAGGGGAUUAGCCAGUCUGAUGGUAACAAUUUCCCUUUCCUUCUCCAAUUUUAAGCGACUGUCACUCCACUUUAGUUUGCACUCUAUGCAAGACUCUGCCUUGACACAGUAGCAUACAAUUCAAAAAGUGCAUAAAUUGGAGUGACACUCGCUAAGAAUUCCACCAGUAGUGCUUCCAGACUAAGGUGGACCAUUCCAAAUGUAUUCUUAAUCAUGAAGAAAGUUCAAAGGCACAUAUAGAUGGUUUUGCAGUUUCCACAGGAGCCUUUAUCCAGCUAACACAAACAGUGUGCAAAACAAUAGAUACAUUAUUAAAUCACACAAACUGAACUACAUAAAUUCCAUACACAAAUAUCAUAUUAUAUGCACACGUUUGAUAUAUUUUUGUAUGUAAUUUAUGUAUUUCACUUUGUGUGAUUUCAUAAUGUGACAAUUUUUUUUAAUUUAAUUUCUUUAACUACACUGUACGGUAAAUAGAUUUAUGCACUUUUUGAAUUGUAUGCGAGUGUGUCAAGGCAGUCUUGCAUUGAGUGCAAACUAUUUAUGGCCACGUCAUACACCGUGAAUGUGCAUACACAUAAAUAAGACCCUGGAUGAAGGCCUGAACAAACAUGCAUUCAUUUUUGUACAUGGUACAUUAUUUGAUUGGCUUGAUAAAUGUUGUAUAGUUUGCCUAUAAAAUCUGCCUAAACAUCUUUAAGUGCCCCGUUCAAUGUUCUCAAAGACUAGUAUGCAAUGUCAAUCAAAAAACAUUAUAAACUUCUGGUUAGCUACUGAAUGGUGCAGAAACCCUUCUUUGGAAUGAUUAAUCUCAAAAAUAAAACUGAGACAAAGACAAUAUGGAUAGUAUUUAUUAUGUGCUGGUCUAAAGAGGUGGGUAUAAGACUGGGUUAGAAAGACUUGCUUAUGAACUUUGGUCCUUGCUGUUUAACCAGUACCAAGCCAAGUAGAAAUGAACAUUCUGAGCUGUUCCAAAAUGCAUUAAUAUAAGUUUUUUUUAUUUUUUUUUAAAUUUUAUUUAAUUUACUUUCAAGUAUUUAAACUUGAUAUGAAAUGUUUAAACUUUGCUGUGUCAGUGUCUCGGCCCAGAGUAACUUUGCUGUGGGUGCAGUGGUCAAUGCUACGUUCGGUUCCAUGAUUGAAUUGACCUUCUACAUUACUGCAUUGAUUAAAGGAGCUCGAGAAGGGACCAAGUGCCUAGAGGAAGUGGUAAAGUCAGCCCUUACUGGCACAUUGCUGGGGUGUGUCCUCUUCGUUCCAGUGAGUCUUGAUGUUGAUGCAAUUUAUAAAUAAGUUAUCAUAAAAUGUAUUCUGCAUUUAUGUUCUCUCAACUAUUCCAGAUUAGGGGAAGAACAGACAACUCAUUUCUAAAAUUGGAGCCUAAAAGCUCAAUUAAUGUUUUAAUAAUGCUGCAUUUGUAAGAUGCAGUUGGAAAUAAUUCACAUGCUAAAACUAUAGUUGAAGGGUGCUUAGGGUUGUACUUUGCCUGGCUAAGAAUGAUGGGAGUUAUGGCCCACAGUUCCUUGAAUGCAGGUUCUCCUAAAUAUAACCCCGCCCCCCUCCCAAUGCUACCUUAAUCUAAAAUUGGCUUCCCAAUGCAACAGUUUGUGAUAUCCCAUUAAAGGGCAUCUUAAAGUAUGUUUAACUGUUACAUAAGACCCCUAAAUAUUGCACAUCCAUUGCCAAUUCUACCAACACACUAUUAAGUGAGUAAACCACUCCUAUUAAUGAAAUCCUGUAUUCUUUGUAAUAUAUAUAUAUGUGGUGGCCACCAGGGCCGGACUGGGAAAAAAAUUAGGCCCGGGCAUUUUUCAAUCAGAGCGGCCCCCUAAGAAAGGGGCGGGGCCAGAGAGUGUGUGUUUUGUCAUCACUAAUGACAACACGCCCCCUCUCAAAGUGAGCAUGCUGGUUCAAUGCCCAGAGCCCUGCUGAAGAGCUCUGACAUUAGAAAAAGACCCUGAAUUUGUUCUGCGCAGCGCAAGCAAAUUUAAUAACAUGCUUGUGCUGUGUUUGCUUUUAAAUUGUCUCUGGUGUUUCCACAAGUGGGAUACCAGAGGACAAAAGGGCCAGGAAAGUGCAUGGUGCAUAUGUUUGGAGCCUGCUUGUGGGAUUGCAUGUGUGUAGAGAGUGGUGUGGUAUUGUAUAAAUAGGUCAAUUUAAUUUGUGUUUGUGGUGUAAUAUGUGUGGCUAGGGGCUGUAGAGAGUGUGUGUAUAGGGGGCAUAGUUUUAUAGGGGAUGCAGCGAGUGUGUGCAUAUGGGCUGAAGUGUGUGUGUAUAGGUGACGUAGUGUGUGUAGGGGUUGCAGAGAGGGUGUGUUUAGAGAAUGUUGUAUGUGUUUGCUGACAAGGAAUGUAGUGUGUGUGUGUAGGAGAUCUACUGUGUAAAGGACCCAGUGUGUGUGUGUAGAGGAUUAAGAGUGCAUAUAGGGUAAGGGAUCUAAUGUGUAUCUGGAGCGUGUGUAGUGGUGCAGGGUGAGGGGUGCUGUAGUGUGUGUGUGUGUGUGUGUGUGUGUGUGUGUGUGUGUGUAUGUAUGUAUGUGUGUAUAUAUAUAUAUAUAUAUAUAUAUAUAUUUUGACUUAUUGUAUGUGUGAGGGGCGCAGUGUGUGUAUGUAAGAGGGGUGCUGUGUGUGAGGGUGUUUUUAUCUGCUGUCACAUUCUAGGUUUCUAAUUUUCUUUGUCUGUUAACUCACUGAGGGUUAUUUUAUAUAUAUAUGUGUGUGCUGUGUGUGAGUGAGGGUGCUGUGUGUGUCUGGGUGCUGUGUGUGCUGUGUCUGUCUGGGUGGUGCUGUGUGUGUCUGGGUGGCUGUGUGUCUGGGUGCGCUGUGUGUGUCUGGGUGGUGCUGUGUCUGGGUGCUGUGUGUGUCUGGGGGGUGCUAUGUGUGUCUGGGUGCAGUGUGUGUCUGGGGGGUGCUGUGUCUGGGUGCAGUGUGUGUCUGGGUGCUGUGUCUGGGGGGUGCUGUGUCUGGGUGCUGUGCUGUGUCUGGGUGCUGUCUGUCUGGGGGGCGCUGUGUCUGGGUGCUGUGUGUGUCUGGGGGGUGCUGUGUCUGGGUGCAGUGUGUGUCUGGGGGGUGCUGUGUCUGGGUGCUGUGUGUGUCUGGGGGGUGCUGUGUAUGGGGGUGCUGUGUGUGUGAAUGUAUUUUUUUAUUUAAAUUUAAAUAUUUUUUUUACUAAUAAAAAAAAAAAAAAAAUUAUAUCCCCCCCUCCCUUCUUACCUUUAUCCUGGGAGGGGGGGGAGGGAGAAGAUCAGUUCUCCCUGGGGGGUUGGGAGCCAUGCUGCCUUCCCUGGUGGUCCAGUGGUGAGAGUGAACUUUAACCUGCGGGUUAGAGUUCACUCUCGCGAGAUCUGAGCGUUGCCGGCCUGCUUGUUAGAGCUCCGCCGGGUCCUCCCUCCCUCCCUCACCAGCCGGCGCGGCCGCAUCUCACUGUCUGUGGGCCGGUGAGGGAGAUCUUUGAUCUCCCCACCGGCCCACGGAGGCACUAUGCAGGGCCGGCACUCGGAUAGCGCUGGCCCUGCAGGGGCCGGCCGGGGAGAUCCCCUGCCGGCCUCGGCCCCACGGCCAUCGCGGCCCACCGGGCAUUUGCCCGGUAUGCCCGAUGGCCAGUCCGGGCCUGGUGGCCACAUUUGAGACCUUUAGAGUAUUCAUCACUUGAAAACGUGAAGAGAAUUCUGACCUUAUCUCAGUACUUCCAAUAGCAUUUGACUUAAGCUUUCUAUCUGUAUUCUAGGGUUUGUGCAUGGUGAUAGGUGGCAUCAAGCACCAGGAACAGAGAUUUAACAGCAGGUCAGCAGGUGUAGGAUCUGCUCUGCUAUUCAUAUCUGUUGGAGGUAAUUAUACAAAUAUGGUUUUAGGAUGUACAGGGAGGCUGGAAGUUUUAAAUUGUUUAGUAGCCAUAUAGCAGACUGUUACACUUGAUAAGUAGUAGUCAUUGUCACACUGUUGUAAAUGGGCAUGACCUGGUCAUCAGAUUGGACCGCAUAUUUUCUUUUGAAGGUGCGCCUUCAAAUUUAAAGUAGUCAGCCUGUGAGCUUAGAGCUUAUUUUUUGUGGUUGCUAAUAUGAAUUUGUUAGUAACAAAAAUAGAUCUGUUUUUUUAUAACAUAACAGAAAAAACAUGUAUGUUGUGCAUUUUCUAUAACUAUGAAUGAAAAUGUAUUUAACAAUGAAGCAUUUGAACAACUUUGUACAAUUAAAAAAAUUAAACUAUUUAGAAGAAACAGUUGCUGAAUGCCUUUAUCUAGCUAACACAAACUGGCACAAUAGACAAUAAUCGGCAGCUGUAGUGGUUGUGGUGCUUAGAACAAGUUUUUAAAGUAAUAGUGACCAGGUCAAGAGCCAUAAACACAAAGUAGUCUAUCUCCAUUUCUUUUUUUUCUUUUCUCAAACUAUAUAUUAUGUCAUCAUCCUUUACUGGUCUACCCAUGAUUUCAGGUGUUUUUGCUCCUACCCUAUUUUCCAAAGCCUAUGGAAAAAUGAUUUGUGGGGAAUGCAUAACUGUUGGUCAGAAUUUCUCAGAGAGCUACAUCUGCCAAAACUGUCAAUCUCAAAUGGUGAGUACCAUGUAUAAACUGUGAUGAUUGAGCCAGUUUACCCACUAUCUUUGAAGGAAUGUCUGUUUAAGCUGUGCAUUGCGAUUGCAUCCGCUGUAAUUUUAUCCGUUUGUUUGCAUUUUAUUAACAUUUGGUUUUUUUUUGUGGUUUUUUUUAGAUGGGGAGCAACAGCACUGCUUUUUACAGUGAAGUUCAGUGAGUAUAUUGUUAACGCAUGUCUCUCUCUAUAAAAUACCUUCGCUGGAAAGAAAUACUAGAUAUUAAUAAACACCUGGAAAAAUAUAAUGAAAUAUUGUAGGGAAUAGAAUGCUUAUGCCAAACCAAAGUGCAAUAUGCUUAUCAAAUAUCCCUAGAGCAGCUGCACUAAAGUGUCACUAAAUAAUAUACAAUAACUACCUCUAAAGUUAAUUCACAUGUAUAUAAUUGCAUUUUAUUAUACAUGUGAAUUCCUCUGCCAACUUAUUAUGAAAUCUCAAUACUGGGUUCAUCAAAUCUUACCAUCUGAACAAAAUCUCUUAAACUGUUUCCUCUCUCUUUCUAGGCCUUUAGUGUACACCGUGUGCAUUCUUUUGCUUGCUGCGUAUAUUAUAGGGCUCAUCUUUACUCUGAAGACGCACUCCCAUAUUUAUGAUAUUCAUAUAAGUGACUGUCAUGGUAAGUUCAAAGUAGAUUUCAUUAAAAAAAAAAAAGCAUUUGAGUCUGGCCUCUAAAAUUGAUCAUUUUCUCCAAAGUAAAUGGUUGUGCACAUGCAAUCUUUUGAAUUAGUUUUUUUCCACUCUUGCAUGCAUGAGACCUUGAGAGUGACUAUUUAUGGGUAUUGAAUGAAUUUUAUCUUGUGUUUUAUCUACAUAAUCCAUGUGACUAUUUGUAGACUCAAUUGAUCAAACUAAACUCUGUAACUUACACCAUGCCUUGUUUUAUUUUUUCUCCCCAUUAGUGCCUGGACACCACCAUAGUGCUGUAGUCCACUGGUCUCGCUGGCGAGCAAUGGUCAUACUCGUAGGCUCCACAUUGCUUAUGUCUGCAUGUGCAGAUUUGGCUACUGAACAUAUAACUCCAAUUUUGACAGAAACUUCGGUGUCUCAAGUGAGUGGUAGUGUUGACUAUAAGGCUCCAAUUCUUAAAAUAUUAAUAUUUGAUGAAAUUUUCAAAAAAAUUCUUAAUUGCCUUUUGUGAAGAAAUAUCUUCUGUUAAUUGGAUGUUGUGUAGAGAAAUUAACCAGGUGUUUCUAAAGCAUCUCGUAAGGAAAAUAAAAAUCACUAUAUACAGUAAUCUAGGUACUAUUUUAAUUAUGCAAUAACAUAUUUUUUUUAUAAGGUUUGUUUUGUGGUUUUUGUUUCUCCAGUAUUUUAUUGGUGUUACUGUGCUGGCAAUGAUCCCUGAGCUUCCAGAAAUUAUCAAUGGGAUCCAGUUUGCUCUGCUUAACAACUUGAGCUUAAGGUAAGCAGAACUGCAGUGAGUAAAUGUAUGUUUUGAAUAUCUAUAUUGGUUUCUAUACCACUUAAUAUAUUAAGGGUUUAAAUGGGGUAAAGGGAACAAUCUUGAGUAAAGAGCACCGCAGCAAGAGGACAUGUGACAAAAUCCUGCGUUACAACAGCUUGGACAGUCAUUGAUGGCAUCUACUGCUCAUUAUGUAAAGGUUAGCACAGUGUUGAAUGUCCUGGUUAAUUAAUGGUGGAUCUCCAUGCAGCCAGAGUGGGUUAUACAAGGCCAAUUAUUAGUAUCCCAUAAAGCAGGACACAGGUGGGGAGGUCAAAAGGGAAGACCAGUCAUGAGAAUUGCAUCUCUAGUGCUGCUCAAAAGCUCAAGUACGAUAAAACAGAACCUCCGCAAUGACUAGCAACCUCUGCGGGUAACAGGCAUAUUCUUGUGCAUUGCAUGCAUAGUUCUAUGGAAAAUCUUGCAGUCUCACAGGAUUAUCUGUCCAAAGACAUCUGUGCUGUGCUGUACUCUCACAUGCACAAGAGUACAACCGUGAUGCUGGCUCCUGGCAGAUAAAAUGCAAGAAGUUGAGGAGAAAAAAAAAUGUCCACAUCCAUGAGGGAGAGCUUCAAGUAAGUGCACAUAGAACAAAAUAUGCAGAGUCCCCUGAAGGUAACACACCCAGGACAGCAUGAAGCCUUUAUUCUGGAAAGUAACUCUGAGAGUGUGCUUUAAGAGAUGGAGUGUGUGAAUUCCAUACAUACAAUUCCGUAUCUUUCUUGGUCGGAGUUUCCAUCCUUCACACUGAAACUUGCAGGCUGCCUGAGUUACGGAACGUUUUAACUACGCCCUGAUAGAAGUGACUGAAAAGAUCCAGUUUAGGUUUCCUGUAUCUGUUUCAAACUAAAACAAAUCUCUCACUGUGAACAGAACUGGUAGCUGCAGGUGAUUCAUCUUCAGGUGCACAUAGAGCAGAAAUCUUGUGUGUCUUUGUAAAAAUCAUGUAUUUGGAUGCAGACUGCAGUGGGUUCUCAUACAACUUGAACUAAAUGGAUUUGAUAUCAUCUGGCAAAUUGUAAUACUGACAUUCACACAAUGCUUUUUCUGUCUUCCUUUGCCAGUAACGGUUUUGGUAGAGCAUUGUUAAAUGAUUUACUUUCAUAUUUCUCAUAUUGAACCUUUUGGAUUUUAUUUUCACAGUAUAGAAAUUGGGAGCUGCAUUGCGGUCCAAGUGUGCAUGCUGCAAAUCCCCAUCUUGGUUCUGUUUUCUGUGUUUUAUGUAAGUAUGUAUGUUUAUUACAGUAAGAAAAGAGAAAAUUUCAAUGUGAUAUCCAGGGCCUUCCAUAAACUUUGAUUUAGGAAACCAAUAUUUUCAAAAACUUGAAUUUAAAAUCCUCUAUGCAUAAAUGAGUGUGAACCUAUGGUAGACUGCUCACACCAAUUGAUGAAUAAGAAUCUGCUCAUGGCUGAACUGCUCAUAAACAAGAAGUUCACAUUUCCUAGUUUGUGGAGUCUAACUGUUUUCUGUCCACAUCAGCAUGUCUUUUAAUGGGCAUUAUAUUUAUUUUGGCUUCCCACCUUAUUUUUUUUUUAUUUUUUUCUUGUAGCCAACAGGAUUCACUUUGAUAUUCAGUGACCUUCAUCUGUGGGCGAGCAUGUUCAGUGUGAUUUUGAUGAAUUACAUCUUCAUGGAUGGAAAAUGUGACUAUUUUCAAGGUAGGAGAAACUCUAGGUAUAUUUGGUGGCACUGUUAGGAGUCAUAUUUGGCAUUUUUGUAUAUGCUCCAUCUAGAGGACUUUCCAGAAUACUUAACCACUAUGGAAUGUGAACAUUUCUUGAAUAGGCUAUCCAAAAUCAAAUUUGGCGCCGCAAAAGAGAAUUUUGAUUGCGCUUGUGCAGUUGUGUGAUCGGAAGUCAGUGGAACUCAAACGCCGCCUGGGGAUGUUCCACUGCCGUGUGCAAACUCCACGUCUGCCCGAUCACAGAUGCUCCAUGCACUUCUGGCAUGCAUUUUAGUAAUAAAUCCAAUUUGGGCUCUCACCAUCCACUAUCUUUACGAAAUCCCAUAUCAUAUACUAAAUAGAAUUUCAAUGGUAACCAUAGAUGAGGCCUAAAAUUGUAUGUUACUUCCAUGAUGGACUGUGUAGUUCCAGCAACUGGGACCCACUUUACAAGCCAAAGUGUAAAACACGUUGUUUAAUUUAUAUUUUUUAAAUUUGACAGCAAUCAAAAUGUGGGAGAAUUGUGCUCUGUUUUCAAAUGUCUUUGUAUAUGGGCUGUAACAUGAUGUUUCUUUUUAAAUCUAAUAACUCUGUUUUGUCUCACUAUAGGCACCGUGUUGCUCUUUGUAUACUUCAUACUACUUGCUACGUAUUUCUUUGCUCCCUCACCUGCUGGAUGCUGAUGGUCACUUGAUAUCUGCUGAAGAGAUGAUUAGAAUUGUGUAGAUAAAAGAGGAUUACCAUCCACUAAAUGAAUGUGCAAUCAAGCAACUGCUUCAUUCCUACAAUGAAACCCACAUGUAUUGUACUGCACACUAUUUUAAUCUAAGCCUUUGCAGAUAUGAGCUGGAAAACGGUAACCUUUCAUAUGUAGAUCUCACAAUCUGCAGUACCAUUAAUCUCCACUUGUGCACAAAUCCAUUUCAGCUGCAUAGAUUUACAGCAAUUUAAUUUGUUCGAUAAAGCUGAAACCUAUUUGUGCACAAGUCUAGUAGAUGGGACUCUGGCUAGGAAAAUAUUUAAGGCCAUUUCUUAACCCUCUACAGGUCCGGUUUCUAUUGAGGAAAGCGGUGGGUAAUAUUAAUGUAGGUGAAAUGAGACUUUUGAUGUUUUCUAGACUGGGUUUGGGCCAUACAAUUAUCACUAAUUUAUAAAGAUUUUUUUAGAUGAAUGUAUAUUUCUAAAAUAGUUUUGACUCACUCAUAUUACAUGAAACCCCCAGACAAUAAGCUGAAAUGGUCCAUAAUGCAAAACAAAAAAAACCACCCAAAGUAUUUUUUGUAUGAGAUUGUUUUUUGGGAAUAUGUUUGUUUUUCAAGUGUUUUAUAUGUUUAGUGUUUUUCAUGUAUUUUCAAAAAAGGAUAUUGUAUGUGUAGAUGCAGUCUUACUGGG